CAAGCCCGGAUGGAACAACGCGGAACGACCGAUACUGUACCGGAAGGUACGAGUAAUAGGAAGUUGGAUGCAAAGAUCCAGCGCCACCAACCAACACAACACAACACGCAUCGCGACCCGGGGGUUCAGAGUUUUCGGCAUCCUUCUCGGCACAUACGGGUAGAAUAGAGAACCAUGCUGCGUGCAGCCGCUGGCGCGAGACUGGCUUUGCUGCCGUCCCCGUUGCCGUCGAGGCGGUUUGUAUCCGUUGCCUCCGAGACGCAUUGUCGUUGCCAUCGGUCCCACGCUGCUUUGGUUCGAUCGCGCAACAACAUCGGCAACAACAUCGGCAGCGGAAGACCCCUCCUGCCUCGGCAGCGAACGGGUGCGUGGACGCAAAGCGCAUCGAUGGGCACCGCCUCCUCCUCCAAGCGAGCAAAGCGGCCCCGGAACAGGGCCCGGCCCAAGCCGCAACAACAACAAGAACACCAGCAACACCAUUCUUCCAACGAGCCACGGCCCCCGCGGUGGCCCGCCGCCGCCUCGGCGGCGAUCGCCCCCCUCAUGUUUGCCGCGUGGUGGGCCUCCGACCAAGCCUUCGGGAACCGGACCAGGGGGCAGAACGAGGAGCUCCGGGCCGGCCUCCUGGCCGAGCUGCGGGAGCGGGGCCACGUCCAGACCGGCGGCGGCRGCAGCGGGGAMCCUCCUUUCGACUGGUCGUCCCUCGGUGCCCGGCCGGUCCUCUUUUGGUGCGUCGUCCGAAAGGCCAGCGGGGUCGCCCACUGCCUCCCGGGCGUGGAGCUGGGGGACGUGGUAGAGGUCCUGGAGGAGGGCGUCGGUCCCGGCCGGGAGUACAACCUCUGCCGGCUCCCGGCGGUGGACGGACCGCCGGGCUCGCGGCCCCCGGAAGACGCCUACGGGUGGUUUCCCAUCCGGUGGCUGCAGACGAUGGACAGCUACGAAUCCAUGGUCCGGAAACAGCUGGUGCACCUGGCGAAGGAGGGCCGUCCGGAGUGAGUGAKUGAGUGAGUGAGUGAGUAAACGAACCAGCGACCGUCGGGAUCGCAUCGGACCGGAUCGAACAAACGAAACGCCGGGCAACAUUUUGCCCUCAGCUGGCACGGCACAGACACCGGGACGAUUCCAACGACGGCCUUUCUUUUAUGUGAUGUCUGAUACAACGGAUGCUGCUCGGGACCAGUUCGAUUGAAUCAUCAUUGGUGGCCACCCUUUUCUCCUGGAAUUGCAGCCAUUCUCGAUCUAGGAUAGGGCAAUGGGGCACGGAACGAUAGUUUUCUAAAAAAUUCUCUGUUUCAAGAAUCAAGCGAUCUCAAUAGUUGUCGUAUGCUUGAAGAACAGUUCAGUUCGACCGAAGCAAUCACAGCGUGAAUCAUCCAUACCGUAGUACUACUAGCAGUAUAGGAGUUCUUCGUCUUGUUUGCUGGUUGAUCACAUGACGCGGUGGUAUUCUGGUGAGUGUUGACGGUGGUCUUGAUAGGGUUACCUAUGCCAGAAACUCCACACAGCUCGAUGGCCUGAAGACACUUCUUGAUAAUGUGAUUAGGGGAGCCAAGAAGUCAUUGUUGCUAGUAGUACUACUAGUAGUACUAUUGCUUCUUCUUGGCAUGCUAGUAGUACUAAUGCUACUACCUAGCAGUAACCAGUAAAACAUUGCAAGAUUG